AUGCUCGACACACUUAAAUACCUUCUCGGCUCAGCCGGUCCAAGCGGCUUCGGCUCCAAAUCCACCGCCGAACAAGUCACCGAAAACCGCGCCGAUCUCCGCUCCUUCACCGCCAUCAUCACCGGUGCUACGUCUGGAAUCGGAGCUGAGACAGCGCGUGUGUUAGCGAAACGUGGAGCGAGGCUCAUUCUGCCGGCGCGUAGCAUGAAAGCUGCGGAUGACGCAAAGGCGCGUAUAGUUGCAGAGUGUCCUGAUUCGGAGAUCAUUGUUAUGGCUCUUGAUCUCAGUUCUCUCAAUUCUGUUAGAAGCUUCGUUAACCAGUUCCGCACACUCGGUUUGCCUCUCCAUCUUCUCAUAAACAACGCCGGAAAGUUUGCGGAAGAACACGCUAUAUCUGAAGAUGGAGUUGAAAUGACCUUUGCCACUAAUUACCUAGGUCAUUUUCUGUUGACAAAGUUGUUGGUGAAGACGAUGGUGGAAACAGCGAAGGAGACAGGAGUGCAGGGUCGUAUAGUGAACGUGUCUUCCAGCAUCCACGGGUGGUUUUCCGGCGAUACGAUUUCGUAUCUGGCUCUUAUAAGCCGCAAUAAAAGCCAUUACGACGCCACACGUGCUUAUGCUCUUUCCAAGCUCGCCAAUGUUUUCCACACUAAGGAGCUUGCACGUAGACUCCAGCAAAUGGGGGCCAACGUGACUGUGAACUGUGUUCAUCCUGGGAUUGUGAGAACCAGACUCACCAGAGAGCGUGAGGGUUUACUCACAGAUUUAGUGUUCUUUUUGGCUUCCAAGCUCUUAAAGACCAUUCCUCAGGCAGCUGCUACAACAUGUUACGUGGCAACUCAUCCGAGGCUGUUGAAUAUCUCCGGCAAGUAUUUUGCUGAUUGCAACGAAACCUCAACCUCAAAAUUGGGAUCCAACUCAAUUGAAGCCUCAAGGUUAUGGGCCACUUCUGAAUUCAUGAUUUCCAGGGGUCCAAAAGCUGCAUUUGACCUACUCAAGCACCUUGAAUUUUGA